AUGUCCUCUGCGUUCAAAGCGACUCUCACAGCCACUACUCCACCAACAAGUCAGCAGAACACUCCUUUAAUCCAGGUCAAGGUACCUCCUACCCCUGCUCAGGCUGUAGCUAAAGAGCGAGCAGUCUUGACUCGGCUCAAGCAGGAUAAAAAAUGUGAGUACGUCAAGAACAACCCACAAGAGGUGGGCGAGGUCAUAUAUAUCGCGCCUUUCGAUGACUCCAGUCCUGAGGUAAAUAGACGAGCUCGUCAGAAGAGACUCAAAGCUAAGAUUGAUCGUUCGGCUAUACCACUCGACUUCGGCACCACGUCGUCGACAAAUUCACAGGCCUUAUCGUCGACUUCUUCGGGAAUUGUCCACCCUCGCAAAGCAGCUCGCAGAAUCCUAAACGAACGAUUUAAGCUUUCGGUGUCACCAGCUUUAAGCCUGAAACACCAACAUGGUACGCGUCAACUGAGUGGAAAAUUUCAGUUUGAGAAGCUCGGCUCGAAGUUCGUCGAUAUUGCUGGUCUACAACCUUACUCUCGUAGCCAAAAUGGCCCUGUUGUGCUCAGCGACGCUUUUCUAGCUGCCGAGAAAGACGAGCAUAAGGUCAGGAUCAUAUAUGAAUGCAACGACUAUUGCGGAUGUGAUCAGCGAUGUACGAAUCGUGUUGUACAAAAUGGUCGUACCAUUCUCUUGCAGAUAUUUGACACAGACAACCGCGGGUUUGGUGUCAAACCCAUGAGGGACAUUGCCCGAGGUCAAUUUAUUGACCUAUACCUAGGCGAAGUACUCACUGUUGGCGAAGUCGAAAGAAGAGAGGACGCUGUUGAAGAGAAUGCGAUGUCUUACUUCAUGUCGUUGGACGUAUUCACGACGGAUGAGAAUUCCACACUUCUUGUUGACGGCGCAAACUUCGGCUCUGUCAUGCGAUUCGUCAACCAUUCGUGCGAACCAAACGCGAAGACGGUGCCCGUCGUCUUGUCUAAGGAUACAAAGCAUCUUUACCACGUCGCUUUCUUCGCCAUCAAGGACAUUCCCAAAGGUAUCGAGAUAACUAUUGAUUAUGAUCCGGAUUUGCAGAAUCUUGAAGAGGAACCGCUAGACUCUUUGGUUGUACAAUGUCGCUGCGGUAGCGUAAAUUGUCGGAAACGACUAUGGGCACCUGGAAAGGCGAAGCGGGCUAGGAAGCGAUGA